CCUCCUCUUCCUCAUCUCCUCCUCUCUCCUCCUCUUCCUCAUCUCCUCCUCUCUCCUCCUCUUCCUCAUCUCUUCCUCCCCCUCUCUCUUCCUCCUCCCUCCAUCCAUCCCUCCUCCACCAUGGCCGCGGUGGCUGCUGGUCCUGAUGAUGCUGUGAUGUCUCCCGGUCCUGCAGACUGCACUGAGAUGGAGGAGCGGAAGGAGGGGAACAUGACGGCUGAUCUGGAGGCUUCUCUGCCCGCCAGACAGGAGAAUUCUGCCAUCCAGUGUCGAGACGUGUGCCGCUCGUACGGCAAACUGAAGGUCCUCGGCAACCUCAACCUGACUGUGCCACAGGGACAGAUUUACGGCCUUUUGGGACCCAGCGGAUGUGGGAAGACCACACUUCUGAAAUGCAUCGUGGGAACUCUGAAAAUCUCUCGGGGUCACAUCUCCGUGUUGGGGAAGCCACCUGCGUAUCCCGGUCACGACGUGCCAGGGAGGAUGGUCGGGUACAUGCCGCAGGAGCUGGCAUUGUACAACGAGUUCACCAUCGCUAACACCCUGACCUUCUUCGGCCGAAUCCACGGCCUGACGUCGAAGGAAACCCAGGCUCGCAUGGACUUCCUCAUAGACUUCCUGGAUCUACCUCAGAAGCACAGUCUGGUCCGAAACCUCAGUGGUGGUCAGAAGCGCCGGGUGUCUCUCGGAGCGGCUCUGCUUCAGAAUCCAGAGCUGCUCAUCCUGGACGAACCGACAGUCGGAGUCGACCCCGUUCUCAGAUCCAAGAUCUGGCAGCAUCUGGUGGAGAUUGUGAAGACGGGGAAAGUGUCUGUCAUUAUCACCACCCACUACAUCGAGGAGGCCAGGCAAGCCAAUGUGGUGGGUCUCAUGAGGAACGGCCAUCUGCUGGCUGAAGGACCUCCAGACGCCGUCAUGAAACAGCACAGUGCCACGACUCUGGAGCACGCCUUCCUGCAGCUGUGCCAGACGUCGGACCAGCUCGGCUCCAAACAGGGGUCCAGUCCGCCGGGCGCGCCGCUGGAGAACAGCCAAUCCUUCGAGAGCGGGCGGGACGAGAGUCGGCCGAUCCUCGAGGUCGGACCGGGAGCUGCAGAGGAACUUCCCAAAUAUUCAGCGGACUGGAAGGUUCGAGCCAGACACGUUCUGCCAAGUGGAGAAACAUCGCCGCCCUGAUGAUUAAAAACCAUGGUGCGGAUGAAGAGGAUGCCGGGCUCGUUGUGUUUCCAGUUCCUGCUGCCCGUCAUCCAGGUCUCUCUGAUCUGUUUGUGUAUCGGAGGAGACCCAAAUGGGAUCCAGGUCGCCGUGGUGAACAACGAGACCUCGCCCUCCUCUUACAGCCUAUCGCUGCUCUCCUUCCUGGACAACGCCAGCGUGCACCAGGUGCCCUUGUCCCAUUCGGAUGCUUUCGAUGUCUAUAACGGAGAGUACUGGGGCGUCAUCGGCUUCGGCAAGAACUUCACCAGCUACCUGACCAAGAGGAUGAUGCAGCGGCAGGUUUCCAGAGAGGUGGUUGAUGGAGGAUCAGUUCAUGUCUGGCUGGACCUCACGAAUCGACAGGUUGCCGUUAUGCUGCAGAAGAAACUCCACGAGGCCUUCCAGGCUUUUGUGGAGAAUAAGUUGGGCAGUAUGUCGUACCUGGUGGCGCUGCCAAUAAAGUUUGAAGAGCCGGUUUACGGCAGCUCAAACACAGACUUCACUACGUUUGUGACGCCCGGUGCCGUUCUCAGUAUCACCUUCUACCUGGCCGUGGGCCUGACGGCUCUCUCCUUCGUCCUGGAGAGGAAGGAGGGCCUUUUGGACCGGUGUUGGGUCGCAGGUGUGAGCUCUCUGGAGACGAUGCUGGCUCACCUCUUCUCUCAGCUGUUCGUCAUCAGCGUUCAGAUCAUCCUGCUGCUCCUCUUCAUCCUGCUCGUGUUCAAGAUUCCUAACGAAGGCUCCUUGGUGCUGGUCAUAGUUCUGAUCGUGCUGCAGGGCAUCACCGGCAUCUCGUUCGGCCUCGUCAUCUCAGCCGCGAUCGACGACGAGCAGAACGCCAACCAGGCCGCCCUGGGCAUCUUCUACCCAAACCUCAUCCUCAGCGGUAUCAUCUGGCCUGUGGAGUGUAUCCCGUUUCCUCUCCGCUACGUCAGCCUGGCUCUCCCUCAGACCUACGCCUCCGAAGCCCUCCGCUGUAUCAUGUACAGAGGUUGGGGUCUGUCUCGGAUGAUGGUGUGGCGAGGCUUCGCGGUCACCCUGGGCUGGAACACGUUCUUCCUCAUCCUGGCCACGGUCAUCUUAAAGCUGAGGACGUGACGGCCUCGUCGCCCUUCCAGACGACCUUCUUCUUCUUCUCCAGCGUGGAGACGGAGCCGUCGGGCUACUCAGCUUGAUCCUCUGUCUGAGGAUGUCUCUGUGGUCGAUGCAUCGUCAGUCUCCCUGCUCCAUAUUAUCUGUCUCACAUACAGAAAGCACACAUAACACAACGUCAGCUGCCUGAUCCUGAUCCUGAUCCUGAUCCUGCAGCCGCUGCUUCGGCCUGCGGGAGUGAAAGACUGAACAUGUACAGAACGUGCACAAUAUGUGUAAAUUAUUCAUGAUAGUUUGUUUGACUUCUAUGUGCAGCUGGUUGAGGUGUUUCACCUCCAGAAUGCACCAACUCAGGGUUCUUAUUUCUGUUUAUCCCUCUGUUAGCUCUUAAUGCUAAUGUGCAGGUGAAUACACCGAGUACAGCUGUAGGACGAUGCCUCCGUCCAGACACUGUCCUCUGUCCAGACACUGUCUCUGUCCAGACACGGUUUGUUGCCUACUUUAUAUUUGCAUUAUAGAGAAAUGAUAUGUGAAAAGGAGUCUCAGCACAAAACAAGAAAUGUGAAAACUUGUAUUAUAAUUUUUUUUGCGGUUGCUUCACAAGCAGAGAACUUGAGGAGAGGGUUGUUGUGUUGGGAAUCCAGAGUGGAGGUUUUUAAAGUGCUUCAUAUUAUCGAGGACAUUCUGACCCGUUCAGGCUUCCCACAGCGACGGCAUCUCCUCCCACAGCGACGGCAUCUCCUCCCACAGCGACGGCAUCUCCUCCAGCUGCUUUUCAAGUCUGUGUUCACAUUCAUGUGUCCCGUUACCAGGUGCUCAGCUGCAAACCGUCGUCGUCGCUGUCGUCGUUCUCUGUCCAGGUUGGUUGUUCUCCAUAACUUGUGUUCUGUGCCUGCACCUCCUGAGGGGUUUGAUGUUGGUGAUGUUGGUGAUGUUGGUGAUGUUGGUGACGGGGACGUUCUGGUUCUGUAUCGUUGUUUUUUUCUCCACUUUGCUGGACAGAGUGGAGGCCGUUCUCGUCUACAGGUCAGGUUCAAGCCGUCUGUAUCCCUCUAAAACAACCUCCUGUUUUAUACACAAACGUUUCUCAUACUUUGAUUCUGAAUCUUUCACCAACAAUAACGGAGUGAAAGCACACAGACAGCAGUGAUGCUGUGUUGGAUUCAGCUCGUCAUGGAGACGUCGUGGUAGUUUGGAGUCACCGUCAGUGCUCAAUAGGCUAGCUAUGGAUUCUAAAUCCCAAAAAGGAAAAGUCUCGGAGAAAAAUAGAGAAUUAAAUAGUGCAUGGACAGAUUUCACAACAAAAAAAAGUAAUAUUGAAAGACAUUUCCAGAACAAGAUCACUGGAUUUGCUGAAUAGCCAACAGCAGCAGCUUCCAGCCAGAUGUUUGUUCAAUGUCCUGCCUCUCAUUUGGGCCCUCACUGCAUUACACUAUAAACUGUGUUACCUUCAUCUCAAUGAUCACAUGUUUUGUGGCUCCGGACAGAUUAUUUCUUAUUUUUUUUGCCUAAAAUGUCUCUUCAGAUAGAAAAGGUUGCUGACCCCUGAGUUAGUGCAAAUUAAUAGAUACACUUGGUAUAAAAAUGCCAGAAUUAGCCAAUUUCCAUGUGUAGUUGCUGGCCGAGGUGUUCUAAAGAGCUUCCACCAGAAACAGAAACAUAAAGCGGCACGGAGUUUAGAUGUUUGAGAAGGACACACAGUUGUUAGAAGCAGUAGAGACAUUUAUACCAGACGAGCAGGACGUAUAGAUGUAAGCAGCAGAAAGAGAGUUUAAUGGAAUAGUUUACUGAAGGAUUCACCGCCUUCGCUGCCUCUCAGAGAAAGCUAAUGAACCGUGGACAGACCAGUGAUGACUCAGCAUCACAUGUUGUGCAAUCUCAUAGAAACUGUUUACAUUCAUGUUAAUGCAUGCCCUGACACAUCCCAACAUUUCAUCAUUAUCCCGUCAUGCUUUACCCAUUUCAGCUGCUUCAGGACUGAACACGUAUAACCAGCAUGAGCUGCGUCUAGAUGUGUUGAGAAUGCUCCGUCUGUCUCUGCCACUGAUAUUAUAUAAAUGUACUGAUGAGUUAGCAGGAUAAGUAAUGACUGUAGAUGCCUCUGAUUGGUCUGCGUUGGAUGAGGUCUGAUGGUAACGUUGUUGUGAAUCUUUAGGAGAGACUUCCUGUUCUGUUGCUCUGCUGUUCAUUCAUCGACGUCCCCGUCGCACAUUGAAGGGGCCGUUGUGUUGUUUGGUAGAAACAGGAGAGCCAGACUGUGAGGAGAUAACUACUGUACAUACUGUAUAUCUACUGUAGCUCUGUUUAUACUGACAGAAACACAAUAAUACAGCUUUUAUAAAACAAGUUACAAUGGUGCACGAUUAUAUGGAUAUUAUAUUGUGCUUUUUUAAAAAUGUUUUGUUGUGAAAUAAACUCCUUCAGGGUGUGUCCAUCGCCCCGUCAGGGUUUACUUCACAACGAUGAGCGGCUCGCUGUACAUUAUACCUGACUUAACGUUCAAUAACACAUGUUGUUCCCACUGUGGGACUAAUAAAUACAAUAUCUCAUUU